UUCUCUUCACCACAUGACAUGCAUCAGUCUUCUCUUUCCUCUGCUCACAUGCUGUGAGAUUAUUCAAACACACCCUAAAUGACAAGCAAGCCAGACCCCCUCACUCUUGCUCUGUGGCGCCACAAAGUGCAGAAAUAGCAUCUUGUAAUUACUUUGAUAUGUGUAGGAAGAAUUGAAUAAACCACAGCCAAAGAAACCAGCAAGUUUGCGAGUGGCCUGCUGAACUUCCUGUCAUUCGAAUCAACACUGUCUACUCAGAGGAAUGGGCGGUGUGACAGUGGGGAUCCUUGUUAUCGUACUGGUUUUGCUGAUUCUAUUACUAUUUUGCUCCUACAAGGAGCUGAACAAGCAAGCAAAUGGCAAAUAUACCGUCCAAGAGAUAUUGUUCAAGGAAGGAGGGCUCAGGGAUCAAGCGAACAAUGCAGUGAUGACUGUGAGAGCAUGGAUCGGCAUGUUGCCUGAAGGCAAUGAAGAAGGAGAGGAGAUGCAGAGAGUUGAGUUUGAGGAAGGGCAGGAGGAGGGGUAUGGAAGUCAGCAGGAAAGCGACAACGAUGGAGAAAAUGAACAAGACGAGAAUAACGAAGAAAGUAGUAACACAAAUGACAAGGAAGAUGAUGAGUCCAGUUCGGAUAGCUCGGAAGCAGAAGAGAGAGUCAGGUUAAUGGAUACACCUGAGGUAAAGAUUGAGAUGGUGGAAAAGCAGGAGGACAUGGUGGAGGAGCAAAGGCCAGUGGAAGUGAGUGGUGGGACUGGGUUGUUGAUAGAUCUAAAACAGUUUUCAGGAAGUGCCAUCUGGUCCGAAGAAGGUGGGGGUGAGGGUCAGAGCAGCGAUACAACUGUACUCUAGAAGAGAAAAUACACAAAGACCAAAAGUCCAGCUAAACCAAAGUGGCUUUCAAGCAAUGGCUCCCCCAAGACGAGGCCAGGGGUGGCCAUGAAUUGCUGUCCCACCCCCAGAAAAAGACAGUUUUAAUAAAUCAUAUUAAUGUUCACUCAAACCCUAAACUGAUCUUAUUUAUUCAAGACAUAAUUGUAAAACAAAAUAAAACUAAUUCAAUUAAUGAGUAAAGAAAUAACCAUAGUAAAAAAAUACAUAUGUUUCUGCUGCUCACCAUUUAAAAAAAGUUUUUAUCUCCAUAGUUUUUUUGUGAACACAUGCAGCAACAGGUGACUUAAACUAAAAAAAAAGAAACAUUUUAAAAUAACAUGUGAAAUAACAUUUUAAAUAACAAAAUAAUUUUUCUGAAAUGUUUAUGUUUGUAAAAUUUAAGUUAAAUGUUUUGGAUAAGUACUGUUUUUUUUAAAUAAGGAUGAAUAAAGGAGCAAUGCAACACAUCGCUACAGACUAAACUCUUCCAGAGUCACCACAAGGACCAAUGUGGUGAGCCACCCCAAAAAUUCUUUGGCCCCGUCCGGCCACCCCAUCAAAAUUUUCUGGAGGCGCCCCUGCUUUCAAAACAUCCUUUUUGUUUUCAAAGCCGAUAAAGAAAAACCAGAAAGAACACAGUGUAAGAUAAGACAACAAAGAAAAGAGAGAAAAACAUUUUCCUCAGUGGUGGGCCUCUGGUCCAAGGGCUGCUUGGUGUCAAGGAAUCAGAAGAAAAAAAUGUUUGUUCAAAUAAGCUGUUGUAAAAAAUGCACUUACAUGUAUUUCAAACUUUUCCAUUGCAUGUUUUAUAUUUUACAUUGCUUUGAACAUUGAGUUAUUUUGCAUAAUUUUUAAUAAACACUUUACCAUGUC